GCUCGGACACACGGACAAUGGCGUUCGGGGGAUUCGCGUAGUCGAGAAAACGACGCCCAUGUCCCUCCGUUCCCUUUGUAUGAUGUAAACAAACGUAGCUCUCCCCUUUAGCUUUAGCCACCUAGCUCGCCUGGUUAGCCGGCUAAGCUCGCUAGCAUCCAAGUCAUUUGACCGAACUGAAUUACGCACACGGCUCCAACGUUAGCGCCGAAUUGUCGUCGACCGGAUUCAACUAGACACCGCUUGUUCGGUGUUGUGAAAACUGUAGAGAAACAAGCGGGCCAACACAUGUAAAAUGGUCCGGUGCUGUCAGGGGGUCGCACGGUAGUGCUGCUUUUUCUUGUAGCUGCUAUUUGGACGUGAUUAUGUGGCAAACAACAAGCCAAACUUGGCGUUGGACGCUAAGCCUCCUGCAGUCAAGUGCAGAACAAGCUGAAGUCCUCACAGAAGGAUAAAGUUCGCCAGUUUAUGAUUUUCACCCAAUCCAACGAGAAGACCGCGCUGACCUGUCUGUCACAGAAUGACUGGAAGCUAGAUGUCGCCACGGACAAGUUUUUCCAAAAUCCAGAGCUCUAUGUUCCCAACGUGAAGGCAGCCUUGGACAAGAAGAAACUUGAGCAGCUGUACAACAGAUACAGAGAUCCUCAUGAUGACAACAAGAUCGGCAUUGACGGGAUCCAGCAGUUCUGUGACGACCUGGCUUUGGAUCCGGCCAGUAUAAGUGUCCUGCUCAUAGCCUGGAAGUUCCGGGCCGCGACACAGUGCGAGUUCUCAAAACAAGAAUUCAUGGAUGGCAUGGCGGAACAGGGGUGUGACAAUAUAGAGAAGUUAAAAGCUCAGCUGCCAAAGAUGGAGCAAGAGUUAAAAGACAUGGGGAAGUUUAAGGAUUUUUACCAGUUUACAUUUAAUUUUGCAAAGAAUCCUGGUCAGAAGGGUUUGGAUUUAGAAAUGGCAAUUGCAUAUUGGAAUUUAGUACUGGCUGGAAGAUUCAAGUUCCUGGACUUGUGGAACAAAUUUUUAGUGGAGCACCACAAAAGAUCAAUUCCUAAAGACACUUGGAACCUCUUACUAGACUUCAGCACAAUGAUCACAGAUGACAUGUCGAACUACGAUGAGGAAGGAGCAUGGCCUGUCCUUAUUGACGACUUUGUGGAGUUUGCACGGCCACACAUCGGAACCAGAAGUACAGCAGUGUAAGGGCUGCUCUCCCUCAAGGAACAUCCACGUGAGGUUUUCUACAAAGCGUAGAGCGCAGUGAACGGCGGACAAGGGGACCACACUGAGCUGAGAACUAUGUUGCCUUUUCAACCCUCAGGACUGAAAUAUUUUACACAGCAGAGACUUUAUAUAUGUGUGUGUGUGUGUGUGUGCGUAUGUACAUAUAUAAAAAGGCAUAUCUCUUUGUUGUUCGACUUGUGGUGGUUUGGAACUUUUAUCUUAAGUAUUGGGAUUUUUGUGUGCGCUCCAGCCAACUACAGAGGAGCCACCGUCUUUGCCCAUGUGGCUGGGCUCCGCUCAGAAGCAGGUAGAUGGACACACUUUCGAAUUUUUACAUAGACACGGGGGUUCGCGAGGGAUUGUUGGUCCUUUAAAUAUUGAAUUUUAACAACUCUUGUGUGCGUUCCUGAUUUUUGCUUUUGUUUUAUAAUACAUUUGUGUGACAAGUCAGUAUAAAACAUUGAUUGUAAUUUUUUAAGCAUAAUGCUGUCUGUUUCAACACAAAUGUAUAAAGAUAAAAUAAAUGUUUCAAUUUGGUAUCUUUAAAGUUGCCGGGCCUAUGUGCUUUUAAUUAAAGAGCAGAAGUUUGUAGUACUGAGGAGUCAUUCCCAGUAAGCCAGUAAAGAGAAGAUCCACACACCCAGAAGCUCCCGUUAAAGGAUCUUGUUUGCGUGUGCAAAUCGUCUCUUUUUCCAACUUUCUGCGAUUUUUUUCUCAAAUGUUGUACUGGAUGUGCUCGGCAGCAGGACAACGUGAGGCGCUCGUGUCUCGCGCUGCCUCCCUGUGGCGACAGCGUUGACGGGGCGCGCGCUGUUGCUAAGGGCGACUGACAACAAACGACGGCUGCGUCAGGUGUCUGAGCUGCAGUGAUGGAACAAGAAACUGCCAGAGAUUCUGCCUGGAAUCAAAUAAUCUGUAUUGAAUUCAAAUGAAGCUCUAUUAUUAAUGAA